AGAAAAACACUCUCCUAUAUAGAAUCUAUUACUUAAGUAGUGAAGGAAAAUUUUUUGAUAAUUUCGUAGGACGCCUGAAAAUAAAAAAUCAUCACAAAAGUAAAUCUAUUUUGUAAAUUCCAGCACACGAGCACAACAAUACAACAAACACAAAUACACGCUGGUAAAAACAAACACUGUGGACCCAAAAAAACACAGAAAUUUUCAGGUGCGUUAUAUUCAGUUCUCACAUUUUGCAAUUCAGAAAUAUUUAUCCAUAAAUUUCCUAUAAUUUUGAGUUGUCAAACUAGCUUACCAUCAGUCAUUGUGCACAUAUACAGCUUUUCCAACUCCUUAGAUGUUCAAAUUUUCUAAUGCAAUUUUGUUGCAUAGUAGAUGCUUGUAAAAUUGCCACAAAGAGCUUAUAGGAACUUUAUUUUAGCAUAAUACAGCAUUGUUAAUGACACCCUCAUGUUAAUCUUUCAUGCCUUAAUUAGCAUUUGAAACACUCAACCAUCUUGCCCUUUUAAGGUUCUUAAAUAUAACGAGUUUUGCUUCUUUUGCUUUUCAAAUAUCCCAUCUCUAUGACCAUUCGAAACCUAAUUCGAUGUAUGCAUACUUAUGUAAGAUCAGAGCUACCAGCCGAUAGUUGCAUCAGCUUGAUGUGUAAGCAACAGCAUUACAAGGAAGCGCUUGAAGCGUUUGAUUUUCAUCUGAAGAAUUUGAAUAUCCAUUUUGAACCAAGCACCUAUACGAGUCUAGUUUUGGCUUGUGCCAACUUUAGAUCUCUUGAAUACGCCAAGAAAAUCCAUAAUCACAUUUUAAAAUCCAGUUACCAACCAAACAUUGUUCUCCAAAAUCAUAUGAUUAAUAUGUAUGGAAAAUGUGGUUCUAUGAAGGAUGCUAGAAAUGUUUUUGAUACAAUGCAGCUGCGAAAUGUGGUCUCUUGGACUUCAAUGAUUUCUGGAUACUCACAAAACGGUCAAGAAAACGAUGCUAUCGUCAUGUAUAUUCAAAUGGCGCGGUCGGGUCAGUUUCCGGACCAGUUAACCUUUGGAAGCAUAAUUAAGGCUUGCUGCAUUGCAGGGGAUGUAGAAUUAGGCAGGCAACUUCAUGCCCAUGUAAAUAAAUCAUGGUUUGGUCAUCACUUGAUUCCCCAAAAUGCACUUAUUUCAAUGUACACAAAUUUUGGACAAAUUGCACAUGCCUCAAAUGUAUUUACAAUGAUUUCUACAAAGGAUUUAAUUUCUUGGGGUUCCAUGAUUACAGGAUAUACUCAACAAGGUUAUAGGAUAGAAGCUUUAUAUCUUUUCCGAGAUAUGCUCAGGCAGGGUUUUUAUCAGCCAAAUGAGUUCAUAUUUGGCAGUGUUUUCAGUGCUUGCAGCAACCUUCUUCAAGUUGAAUAUGGAAAGCAAGUACAUGGUAUGUGUGUUAAAUUUGGUUUACGCAGGAACGUUUUUGUUGGAUGCUCUCUCUGUGACAUGUAUGCGAAAUUUGGAUUCUUACCUGCAGCAAAGAUGGCAUUCUGUCAGAUUAAAAGCCCUGAUAUAGUGUCAUGGAAUGCAAUUAUUGCAGCAUUUGCUGACAGUGGUGAUGCUAAUGAAGCCAUAGAUUUUUUCCGCCAGGUGAUGCAUAUGGGACUGAUCCCAGACAGCGUUACUUUUAUUUCAUUACUUUGCGCUUGUGAGAGCCCCACGACACUCAACCAAGGCAUGCAAAUUCAUUCUUACGCUGUGAAAAUAGGUUUCAAUAAGGAAGUAACCGUAUGCAACUCAUUGCUAACCAUGUACACGAAGUGCUCAAAUCUACACGAUGCAUUGAAUGUUUUCAGAGAUAUAAGCGGAAAUGCGAACUUAGUUUCUUGGAAUGCAAUUCUUUCAGCAUGCUUCCAGCACAAGCAAGAAGGAGAGACUUUCGUAUUAUUUAAACAAAUGCUUUUUUCUGAAAAUAAGCCUGACAGUAUCACCAUAACUACUUUAUUAGGAACUUGUGCUGAACUGACAUCUUUAGGAGUUGGGAAUCAAGUCCAUUGCUUUAGUAUUAAAAGUGGGCUAGUGCUUGAUGUUUCUGUGUGCAAUGGAUUGAUUGACAUGUAUGCGAAAUGUGGAUCACUUAAACAAGCUCGAGAUGUUUUUGAUUCAACACAAAACCCGGAUAUAGUCUCAUGGAGUAGUUUAAUUGUUGGCUAUGCUCAGUUUGGGCUUGGACAUGAAGCUCUAAAUCUCUUUAGCAUCAUGACGAAUCUUGGCUUUCGGCCUAAUGAAGUCACAUAUCUUGGCGCUCUCAGCGCGUGCAGUCACAUUGGAUUAGUUGACGAAGGCUGGUGCUUAUAUAAAUCCAUGGAAACGGAACACGGGAUUCCACCUACAAGAGAGCACUUCUCUUGCAUGGUUGAUUUGCUUGCUCGCGCUGGAUGUUUGCGCGAAGCAGAAACUUUUAUUCAGAAAUCAGGAUUUGACCCUGACAUUACUACAUGGAAAACUAUACUUGCUGCUUGUAAAACUCAUAAUAAUAAUGUUGACAUCGCAGAGCGAGCUGCAGAAAAUAUACUGAAACUUGAUUCUUCCAAUUCUGCUGCAAUGGUGAUGCUUUCUAACAUACAUGCUUCUGCUGGUAAUUGGGAAGAUGUUGCUAAACUAAGGAACUUAAUGAAACAAAUGGGUAUACAAAAGGUUCCUGGUCAAAGCUGGAUAGAAGUUAAGGAUAAGAUUCAUGUAUUCUUCUCAGAAGAUAGUUCACAUCCACAAAGGAGCAAUAUAUACACAAUGCUUGAAGAUUUAUGGUUGCAGAUUCUGGAUGAUGGUUAUGAUCCUUGCCAACAUUAGCAUUUGGUAGAAAAACAAGUUGGAAAUUUGUAGUUGGCACUGAUUAUCUGAUGCAUGGUUUUCUUCACGAGUUAUAUUCUGUCAAAUACAUUUGUCACUUGUAGCUGUUAAUGGUACAUUUUUUUUUUUUACACAGUGAGAAAGACAAAUUAAUUGAUUUUGAACCCAGCCUUUCUGACGCUGCUGUUUGCCGUUUUUGUUGUGCUCCUCAAUCCCAAUUUUUUCUUUUGAAUCGUGUUGCUUUCCAAGUAGUGAUGACUCCUCUCAAUUCAAUCUAGCCAACCAGCAACACCGCCAAAUGAUGAUGAUGAUAUUAUGUGUCACUAUAGUAAAAAAAUUGGCCAUAAGGAUGAUCCUAAGACGAAGACUGAAAUUGAAUCAUAUUUUAAAGAAGAGCGAGUAUCUUACAAUCCAUCAGUUGAUCUUGACAUCUUAGGUUGGUGGAAAGCCAACUCAACUAGGUACCCUAUUUUGGCAAGCAUAGCACGAGAGGUGCUAGCUAUUCCUGCCACUAUUGUAGCUUCAGAGUCUGCAUUCAGCACUGGUCGAAGGGUUGCUAGUGACCACCGGACUUGCCUAACGCCCAAAAUGGUGGAAGCACUUGUUUGUACACAAGACUGGUUGAAAGGAGCAUCUCCCUCAUUAUUUUCUCAUGAGGACAUUGAUGAGAUCCAUAGAUUAGAGCAAGAGAUCACAUGUUCAGGAUCUGCCAUGGCCAACCUUGAUGAUGUAGUCCUUGCAAAUUGAAGAGAAAAAACUUUUGGUUGUUUUGAAGUUAUGUUUCAACACUUGGUGUUUAGUUAAGUUGAAGAGGAAAAGCUUUUGGUUGUUUUGAAGUUCAUGUUUCAACACUUGGUGUUUAUUUAAGUUGAAGAGGAAAAGUUUUUGGUUGUUUUGAAGUUCAUGAUUCAACAUGCAUAUGUAACAAAAUCAAAUUUUGUGCGGUUCUUCAACUUAUUGCAUAUGUAGCAAAUUUGAAUUUACAGGUCUAUAAAUCAAUA